AUGGAAGAUGCUGAUAACCUUCUACCAUCAAAGAAAAGGGUCGCCAGAAGGGAGCUCACUCAAGAUACUCCUCUUGAUGAUGAGGAGGAGAAUGCCCAUGAGGUUGAGGGUGGAACAUUCAAAAGAUCCAGUGAUGAGGUUCUUGCAACCAGAAGAAUUGUUAAAGUUCGUCGCCAACAGACUAAUUCUUCUCCUUCUUCAAAUCCUUUCGCUGGAAUACACUUGGUCACCCCUACUGAGGCUACAGCAGAAAAGCAAUCAGCUGAUGAGUACACUGCUACUGAUGAUUCAAAAGACCCCGAGGAAGAAAAAGAUAAAGAACAAAAGCAGUCAAAGGGUGAAACUUGUGAGAUGCAAAGAAUGAAAACUAAGAAUGACUAUAAAAGUGAGAGUGAGGACAAGAAGAAUGCUGCUGAUAAAGAUAGUUUCAAUAAAGACGAUAAUGAUGCCAAGAACACUAAUAGUGAUGACGGCGAUAAGCAAGCUAAGAAAGUUGAAAGUGAAGAGCCUAGUUCUGAAGUUGGCAAUUUUAAGUCCUUUCAACAGCUUUCAAGUAAUCAAAGUGCCUUCACUGGGCUUGCUGGAACUGGAUCCAACACUUCGUUAUCUUGCUUCGGAUCUAUGUCAAAGGAGGAACCUGCUUUGAGUAGCAGGACUAGUUCUAUUAUCGGGCUGAAAAAUGACAAUCCUCUUGGUGCAGGCUUGUCCAACAAUGCAAAUUCUUGUUUUGGGGUGUCUGGUGCAUCUGCUACUAUUUCCAUGAGUGAAGGAAGUGGUUUAGCCCUGCAGGAAGUUGCCACUGAAACAGGGGAAGAGAAUGAAAAUGUUAUUUUUCAUGCAAAUUCAGUAUUGUUUGAAUUUACAGAUGGAAGUUGGAAGGAGCGAGGAAAGGGAGAACUAAAGGUCAAUGUACAAAGAGGAACAGAAAACGCCAGGCUUCUCAUGAGAGCUCGCGGAAAUUAUCCUUCCAGUGUGGCACCGUAA